AUGACCAACUGCAAACCUCUGCUUACACCUCUCCCCUCCAAGUAUCUUGUUGAUCCGAAUCUUCAGUUACCCUUUGCUCAACCGGAUCUAUUUCGUAAGCUCGCUGGUUCUCAGCAGUACCUCACAUCGACACGGCCGGAUAUAGCGUUUGUUGUCAACAAGUUGUGCCAACAUAUGCACAAUCCCCUCCUGCUUCAUUUCCAACUGCUUAAAUGCGUCUUGCGUUAUUUAAACGGCACCUUACACCAUGGCCUCUUUCUUCCCCAAACGGACCUACUUCUCAUUGCCUACUCCGACUCUGAUUGGGCGGGUGAUCAACUAGAUCGCAAAUCGACUACUGGCUAUUGCAUAUUCUUAGGAACUGCUCUUCUUUCGUGGUCUGUUAAAAAGCAAACAACAGUUGCCCGAUCAUCAACCGAAGCAGAAUACCGUUCCAUGGCGGCUGCCGCCGCCGACCUCAUCUGGACCAGACGGCUCUACGAAGAUUUUCAGAUCAACCUCUCUUCAACUGAGCUCUUUUGUGACAAUGUCUCUGCAAUCUGCAAUCCCAUUUUUCACGCUCGAACCAAGCAUAUUGAGGUGGAUCAUCAUUUUAUACGGGACUGCAUUCAAUCAAACCAAAUAACGGUUCGCCAUAUUUCCACCACCGAUCAGCCGGCGGACAUCUUUACAAGUAUAUUACCGGGGGCCACCGGUGGUUCUACGGCGGACAUCCGGCGGUGUAGACAGCCGAAAAUACCGACGGUUAGACCGCCGGCUUUCGCCGGUUAG